CCUUGGUCAUCUUUGCUCGCGGCCCGGCUCGCAAGGUUCCUCACGACCGUUCACAGUCGGAACUUUUCGUGUACUUGUACAUAGCAUCGUAGAACAAUGCAUUGUUCUUGAAAUCACACAUUAUGUCCGGAAACCCCUUCCGUCUCUCUACUCUACCAACGACCCAGAACCAAUCUUCCGUAAAACCCGCGCCACCCGUCCGCUUCCUGAGCUCGCCGAAUAGUGCACGAGAACAGGUAGCGGUGCAAUAUGAUGCUGAGAGCUCGCGCCCACAGCACCCCGCCCGGACAAAGAAGUCGGUUCGCAUAGAAACCCCGCCAUCGUCUCCUCCGCACUCCACCGCUCCUAGUGUUGAAGCUCACCGUGCAGCUCACAAUGACCAUGCCGGCACCUCGUCGUCCUUCUCUCCCCUUUUAGGGCUUUCGGAUGAAUUUGGAAAUCAAUUAGAUGACGCUCCGUCUCGCAUGGGAUACAACAAAAACGUUCACAAUCAGCGGACUGUCAUGGAUCGCGAAGACCCGGUCAGGUCUAUGCGAGCGCCUGCUACUGCUCCGGUCAAUCCUUUCUCACGGACCUUGGCCACAAUAGAACCACACGAGAGGGCCGAUUCUCAGUCUGUGGGUCAACAUAAUGAAAGGAGACCGAAUGAAAGCCCUAUUCAAGUAUCCGCCAAGGGCAAUCUAGAUGUAGACGGCUUCAAAAGGCUGCUUAUGACGGGCAUAUCAAGCCCGUCAGGUGAAAAUAAACAUCUACAAUCCGCCAAUUCCCCCAAUCCCCGAAGCGCUUUCUUCGAUAGCAGUAACAGUACCGAUACAUCCUCUGGGUCACGACAGUCCAUCUUUGAAAAUAUGCAGAGUCUCCAUACCGAAUCGCCGCGCACACCGAACGAGACAUCAUCGUCUGAAGAAGAUGCUCACGAUCCUGUGGUCAACUCACAGCCGCAGGAGAAAAAGAAGCCUCCUCUGCCGAAACAUAGACAUGGUAAACUCGUGAAUGCAAGAACACCACAGACCGUUCCUUUCGAUGAUUUCGCUGCAGAAGCACCUACUGGGAGUAUAUCGGUACGGUCAACCCGUGCGAAUUCAGAUCUGAACAAACCCCUACCCCCACCACCAACUGCUUCUAUAUCACUAACGGUAGAUAACGUUGUACAAAACAAGAUACCGGAUGAUACACUAUCAAUAGAUACAGUAUCCAAUGAGGCAACCACUCCACCCGAUCAACCCGCUGUGCAGAAAAAGAUACCGCCUCCUAUACCCAUUGCUCGCAGGCAAAGCCAACUACGUACCUCAACACUUGGAAAUCGUCCUCGAAGUGACUCAUCGUUGACCAUCUCCUCACAACAUUCCAUCGAGCUACCUGUACCUAGUCCGAAUCCCCGGAGUGAUCCAGUGUCAUCAGCAGCCCAGAGAGCAUCGGGGCCGCCGCCGCCGCCGCCAGCACGUCGUCACGGCGCGAAUCUGUUUGGAGGCACAGCUUCGAGUGCCAGUUCAUCUACUACUGAACUUCCUGUCACGUCGUCACUUCGUUCUAGCGUUCCUCUGUCAAGUACGAGUCGUUCAAGAUCAUCAACCCUUUCAUCCCCACCACCAUCUCCUGGAACAGGACAGGCGCCAUUGGGCCUUGGAAGAACGGCAUCCACAGCCUCAAAUCGAAAUGCUCCACGAUCAGUGUCCAACGAAAGCGCGCCCUCAUCCAUGCCCCCACCGCCCCCUCCCCCAAGACGACGACAAUCAGCACGUUCAAGCUUGGACAAGGAGCGACCUUCUCAAUUUGCAUCAUCCUCGCCAGUCGAAACACCCCGAACCAGUUUGGAAUACAAAAGAAACAGCAUUGACAACAAAAGGCGAACUAGCGUAGCAAGUGAAAGCUCUCUACGCCGCGAGUACACUCCAUCCGAGAACGAACAGACUUUGUACUCUCCAAAGGAAGAACGAGAAGAAUCUCUGCCUGCACCAUCGACGUAUAGUGCAACUGCAAACUCUAGCAUUUUGGAUGACAUGGAGCAAUUUCAGAGGGAGAUUGAUGCUUUAAGGGAUAAAUAUAAGGAGAAUCCCUGAUCGAAGAUUCAUGUGCUCUUAGGCCAAUGGGGGUUGUUCAGCAUGCCAUGUUGCAGGGAUUCAAUGUCUAAGUGUGUAUCUAUAGUGAACGACGAUUCUGUUGCAUGGUUUUCCCACAUGGUGGCAAAGAUUCCAGCUUAUCAUUAAGGGUUCUCAC